CGCUAAACUUGAAUGAAUGAAUGAUGCACCCAUUCACAGCUAACUGAAGGCGGCCGCUACCAACGAUAUGUGUAAAUAUUUUUCAAAAUUAUAGCUCUUUUUCUACUUCUGAGUGCAGCUAAUCGUCUUCUCAAAAGAUGAGGGAUACUUGUAGCCGAACCUUGCCUGCAAGGUCAUCAUCUGAGAUGACCAAACAGUCACCGAUGUCGUUGUCGUCGAGGGCAACAAGUCUCCACGUACGGGUUCUCAGGAGCAACAGUAAGCUGCCAAAAACCAUGCUCACUGACCUCCCAGAUGAACUCCUCAUCUACCUACUGAAAUUCCUUCCUAUGUGUGAUCUCCAGAAUAUGUAUAGAAUAAGCAAACAAUUCAAAUGGCUGCUAGACUCUACCCCAAGGAUAUGGGCCAAUGCCAGUGUCGUAGGGAGGUGGCCCUCCAACUCAACUGAAAUGGAAUGCUUCAACAGGGUUGCUGAAUUAGGAAACCUGGAAGCAUUGAUUAAACUUGGUGUAGCAUAUUUGUAUAGUGAAGGAGUUGAGUCUUCCUUGUGUAAGGACGGGAGCAGAGCCGCCAAGUACUUUUCCAGCGCAGAGAAAUUAGCGCCUUGUAGUAGUCCCUUCACAUGGCUUCUCAUCCGUCCCCCCUGGAGCAACUGUGGAACAUGCUGCAAAGCUAGGGUCUUCCAAGGCAUGAAAGACAUUUCUAACGAAUCAAAGGAAGCUGACAGAUCAGUACUAUUCUGCCUUGCCAAGCUGCAUUCAUUCAUUGAGGAUAUGGAUCCGAGUAUGAAGAAGAAAAAUGGUCACCAGUCUGAAUCGAGGCAGUGGCUGAAGAAAGCAGCGGAUGCCGGUAGCGUGGCAGCCAGCUACGAGUAUUGGAAGAACAGUCUCAAUGACAGUACUAAUGACCAUGCAACUAAUCUGAACAUUCUACGUCAACUCAGGGAAUUCGCAUCUCAGGGCUGUUUGGAAGCAAAGUUGCGUUUGUAUUCAGAGUAUGCCAAAGGCAAGCUGGGAGGUGUGUCUCAGUCCCACGCCAGGGAAGCGAUGAGGGGCUUUGUGAAAGAAUCUCAACCAACCAAAGUCAACACGUUACUCAGGUCCAAGAACGGACUCAAUAGUGCAAUGAGAUACAUCUUAGUCGACUGGCUAGUAGAAGUCGGCAGCAUGAAAGACUACUCGUGUUUGACCAUCCACAGUGCUGUCCAGCUGGUUGACCGUUACCUCAUGGCCAGGAACAUCUCCCGGUCAACGCUGCAGCUGGUGGGCAUCACGUGCAUGGUCAUUUGCUCAAGGUUACUAGAAGAUGACAUCAUUACAAUCCGUGAGGCCGCAUGGCUCACAGACGGUACCUACAAGUACGAGGACGUGGUUCGCAUGCUGGGAGAUGUGGUAGCAACACUCAAGGGUAAUCUGAGGGAGCUGACAAUCUUAGACUACCUCCAUCUCUUCUGCCAAGUGGUAUCAGCGGACAGUAAGAUGGAGUACCUGGCGUUGUACAUCAGUGAGCUCUCUCUACUCCAUGCUGACUUUGGCCAGUACUCCAGGGCUCUUAUCGCUGCCUGCUCUCUCUUCCUUGCACGGCUUGUUCUCGGUGCAGACUUUCCGUGGCCCACUCCACUAGUUGAACAUACCGGCUUUGAAAUUUGUGAUCUAGUACAGUGCACAUUGCACCUUCAUAACAAAUGUUUCCUGGAUGACCCCGUCAAAGACCACCGUGACGUGACCUUGGCAGCAGUCAAGCAGCGCUUCUCAGAGGACCUCUUUCUAAGGGUCGGUGAGCUGGACAUCAUGGUUCACCCGACGCUCAGGACCAUGCUCUGCGUGGAGGAGGACGAGGAGGUGGUCGAUGAGGAGCCGGCAGACGUGAGCAGGGACGACUCGAUGCCUUCCAGCAAGGAUGGCAUGGAUGCUUUCCUCCUCAUGUCGCCGUCUAGAAAGUCAAGAGGACAGAUGAAGCCCAAUGCAGCAGAGUAUUUGCAUGAUGACCGCAGCGACCGCGUUUCCACGCCGACCCACGAGUUUCCAGAGGACGAGGAGCCAUGGCUAGGUGUAGAUGUUGUUCCCUUUGAUAUCAGUGACUCAGAUAUCAAUCCGCAGAUAACUGACAAACCACAUGAGGAAGCUCAACCUAAGAAUGACGGCAGGGACCACGUUGCCACCAGGUCCUCUGCCUCAUGGGUCGUACUAGACGAGAGCCAGUCUGUGUCUGUGAGAACCAGAACAUCAACUCCAACGGCGUCAUCCAAAGGCCUCUCGUUGACGACUCGAGACAUACCCAGCACCAGUAACUGCUUCCUACCUCUAUCUACCGCCCUCUCGUCGUCGUCAUCAUCGCUCAAGGCAAAGAGUCAGGUGACAUACACCAUCAGCGCCAGCGGGAGGCUGUGUCAGCAGAAGGUCAAGGCCAGGAGGGUCGGGGGAAGUCCCAUGAGCAGUAGAAGUAGGAGCGUUCCCCAGUGUAGCAGCCUAAACACCACGCCUUCCAAAACGGUGAGGUACCAGUUCAGGCAGAGGACACCCGUUCAGUCCGUGAAGCGCAAGAGCAUGGAAGAUUCAAGCGAUGAAGGGGCAGCGGGGCAUUGAGUCAAAUCGGGUCCAAUGCCAAACUAACCACGUAACCAUCUUUAGGUAUUGCGGAUAUUGUGAUUGUCUUAACCCAUAGACUACGGAAUUAUCCCAUAGACUUGCA